ACAGGGGGGGUAAGACAACUACCGCUACAGCUAUGAGCGUUGUGUUGUGUUGUGGCUCCGCUUCCCGCAGCUUUAAGUGUGUUGGGUAAUAUGAUUGGAUGAUACGGUCGCAACGUCAUCGAUGUUGUCCAAUCGCGUCCGAGAAGUGAAGCUUCGUUUACAUUUGGUUGGUGAUUCGAGCACCGUCUUAACGUUACGAGAGAUUAGUUAGUGCAAUCACAAUCCGGCUGUUGCAAAAGUCUCCAACAUUUAGUUCUACCGCUUAAAAUAUUUCCUUAGCUACAGCUUGUUUGAAUCAUUCCCUUAUAUGCGGAUGCACGCGGUGUCAAAUCAAACACAGUGACGUUGCCGUGGUUUACAGUUAAUAGGUCGCCGAUCCCCGUUAUCCUGACACGACGCUGCAGACAUGGCAGAGCCGGCGUCACGCACGUUUGUGUCCGCAGCAGAAGAGCUGGGCUUCUGGAAGGAGCAGGCAGAGGCACAUCAGCAAAGGGCUGAUGAGGCUCAGGAGGAGCUGCAGGAGUUUCAGCAGAUGAGCCGAGACUAUGAAGCGGAGCUGGAAGCAGAGCUGAAACAGUGUGAGGGUCGAAACAAAGAGCUGCUUCUAGACAACAACCGACUACGCAUGGAACUGGAAAGCAUAAAGGAGAAAUUUGAGGCUCAGCAUUCCGAAGCUUUUAGGCACAUCUCAACCCUGGAGGAAAAUCUGGCACAAACCACAGCAGUCAGAGAUCACCUGCAGAAAUACAUCCGAGAGCUAGAGCAGUCCAACGAUGACCUGGAGAGGACCAAAAGGGCUACCAUCAUGUCUCUGGAGGACUUUGAGCAGAGAAUGAACCAUGUCAUUGAGAGGAAUGCCUUUCUUGAAAGUGAGUUGGACGAGAAAGAGAACCUGCUUGAGUCUGUUCAGAGGCUGAAGGAUGAAGCCAGAGACCUCCGCCAGGAGUUGGCUGUACGUCAGAAGGAGAGACGUCCGUCCAUCAGCCUGGGCAAAGACCUGGACAGAGCAGAUCCGCAGUUCCCCUCGGCCGGUUCCCCGUCCGGCGCCGUCACACCCUCCAAACCCAUCAGCUCGUUUGCCACGCCACCUCCUUCCAGUAUCCGACGAGGAGAUGGUCUAACGGGGAUGCCCCUCACAACGUCUGCUAGAAUAUCUGCACUGAACAUUGUCGGGGAGCUGCUGAGAAAAGUUGGAAAUCUGGAGUCAAAGUUGGCGUCCUGUCGAGACUUUGUGUACGACCCGUCUGUCAACAGGCCAGCACUUCCGGCUGGCCCUGGUAGUCCUUCUUGUUUAGAAAAAGGCUCAGAGGUCCAAGCUAGCAGCAUGAGCCCUCCCCCCCAGUAUGACAGCUUAGUCAAACGGUUAGAAUUCGGACCAGCUCCUCCAAGAGGCGUCUCCCAGGGUGCUCAGUCUCCCCAGGGUGGGGUGAAGAUUCUGCUAUGAGAGAAAAUAAGACGACGAAGCGCCUUCCCCUCAUUCAAUAACCUGUCGAUUCUCCAUCCUUGAUGAGCUUCAGCCAUUUGGACUUUGAACUGAGCGGCCUUCCCUUGUCGCCACGGGCCCCCACUGAGCAAUUUGGAACAAGAAAGCCACUCUCUUCGCUCCACACGAUCAGGCUAGUAUCCCACACCACCCGUCAACGGAUGCUGCAGGAAGGGACAGAGGAGCCACUGCUCACACUCCUUCUGUGGGAAGCAUUCACUAAAACCUUCUGUCUACUGAUUUUCUUACUCUGCUGAAUGAAUAAGAGCCACUGACCCUGAUGAAGGGAUCAAGAACCUGAAGCAUCGUUCAUAAAAAAAAUAUUUUGAUGACAGUUAAAAACCAAAGCUUUGAAAUACGGGAGAACUGAACAAAGUUAAAAGUAAUGAUUAAUAAAUAAUAACUGAACAGAAAAACAAAACAGUGACACUUUUUAAUAUUUUCGCUCUGUGUCGCUCAAAUAUUGUAGCACUAAACGAAACUAACAUUAAUUAACUAGAUAUUAAAAUGAUAGCCCCAUAUUUGUUUUCUAGAAGCGACUAAUAUUUUCUACUGCUAACAAGUCGCUGCCAAGAACUGGUGUGGAUAGUUUAGCCAUCUCUGCCUUACUCCACGUCGUGACCUCCUCCGGUUGUAGCAAUUUGCUGUAAUAAUUGAAGUCGUCUAGGAGCGAGAUAAUGCCGCUUCCCUUCAGGCUCGUUUCAUAUCGCGUGGUGUGACGCAGGUUCUUUUGCAGCACCGUCGUCUUACCUUUGCACGGACUUGUUUAUUGCUGGCUCAUCAUUAUGUGGUCGCCAGACGAUGGACGUAAAGCAUAGAAAUGGUUUUCUGCCUCAGAGGUGAGAUGUUCAGACAACUAGAUCAUGACUGAGAUUUGUCAGUCAUGAUCUAGUGUUGCCAAUGACUCUCAUAAGGAUUGAAGUUAGUUGGCACAUUUUUCACUACUGAAUGUAUAGUAAUGAUUCCCUAAUAAGUGUGAGACCCCGUCAGCCAUCACGAUGGGCGAAUGAGGAAUAAUACAAAGCAAUAAUGUAUUUUAACAGGUCAAAGAUAAGCACAGUCCAUCACGUACAUUUGUGUCUGUAUAUAUGGCGUUUAUGCCUUUUUAGUAGGAGAUAUUGUGACUCGGGGAAAUAGAGAUUUAACGUGACAUUUUUGCUAUUCCUUGAAAUGUUUCUGGUUAAUCUGGAGCGGUCACUACUGCCAUCCAGCAUCUUAUUUAUCAAACAUUACAGUACAUAUUUGAAUACCACAUUGCGGUGCAGGUUUGGUGUGGCGUUAUCUUGUGGUUAAUUCAUACGAGAAGCUUCUGUUUGCUCUUUAACCUCUCUUGAGCGAACUCAUCCACCACCACUGUGUACCAGGUGUUUGUAUACAGCAGCACCCGGCAACUGCUUCUAUGAACUGUAUGUGCCUGAGGUACUAUACCCAACUUUUAUCCUGUUGGUUUGCAGUUGUUUUUCUAUUGAACUGAACAAUGUUCUAAUGAUCUUUGACGUUACUGACCAAAAUGCAAAUAUUAAAAGGAGUAAAUCAUU